UGGAAACGCCAAAACCAGAUGGCUAAGAGCUACGACUAUGAUCGCAGCAUAAGUUUAGAAAAAUCUAAAGCCUCUCGCUCGUUGGUCUUAACUCUCUAACAAGAUCUGCAAAUAUCUGAAAUCUUUCAUGGAGCAAAGUAAAGAGAAAAAUGCUCCUUGGUUAUCAGUGCCACAAUUUGGGGACUGGGAUCAAAAGGGUGGAGUGCCUGACUACUCACUAGAUUUCUCAAAAAUCAGGGAAAUGAGGAAACAAAACAAGACAAAUCUUUCAAGGGCAAGUCUUGGAAACGAAGAAGAGCUCGUGGCUUCAACCACUACCACUACAAACGCAAGCCACACUGAGCCUGAGCCUGUACACCAGCACCCCCAUUAUCACCAGACAAACUCUCCAACGGCAAGGAGGAGCUUCCUCAGCUACUUCAACUGCUGUGUAAAAGCAUGAUAUUUAAUUAAGGGCACGUACAAGUACAACCCUUUUGUCUUUGUAAAAAGAAAGUCCCUUCGUCCAAGCCCUACUCCGAUGUUAUUAAUUUAUUGGUAUUUGAAAGUUGGGUAAUCUAAUUUAGAGGUUAAGAUGAACAUGUAAAUGGCACUGAUGAGUCAUAAACCUGUACACGUAUGAUUUGAUUUCAAAGUAUGAUUACUUGAUUAGUCA